GUCACCUUUCUUCUUCCUGCAGGACAACACCUCAUUCUACUCUGAAGCCAGCACCAUGGCAUUAAUGCUUGUGCUGUUCUUCCUGGCUGCUGUACUGCCCCCAUCCCUUCUUCAAGAUAACUCUCAGGAGAACAGUCUUGAGAAACUUUCAACCAGUAAAAAAUCAGUCCAAGAAGAGAUUGUAAGCAAGCACAACCAAUUGAGACGAAAGGUUUCUCCAUCUGGCAGUGACUUACUAAAUAUGGAAUGGAACUAUGAUGCUCAAGUGAAUGCUCAGCAACGGGCAGACAAGUGUACAUUCAGUCACAGUCCUAUAGAACUCAGGACAACUAAUUUAAAAUGUGGUGAGAAUUUGUUCAUGUCAUCUUACCUUGUACCAUGGUCUUCUGUAAUCCAAGGAUGGUAUAAUGAAUCCAAAGGUCUUAUAUUUGGUGUGGGCCCAAAGCAAAAUGUUAGUGUGGUUGGACAUCAUACUCAGGUUGUUUGGAAAUCAAAUUUACAAGUUGCAUGUGGAGUUGCUGAAUGCCCUGAAAAUCCACUGAGAUACUUUUAUGUUUGUCGCUAUUGUCCUGUAUUGAAUUACAGUGGCCAUUAUCCAAGCAGGCCAUACCUAGCUUACACAGCAAGAGCACCAUGUGCCAGUUGUCCUGAUCGCUGUGAAGAUGGACUGUGCACCAAGAGUUGUCAAUAUAAGGAUAUGUCUUUUUGGUGUAAACGUCUGGAAUACGUCUGUAAACAUCCAGGUCUUAAAAAACGUUGCCUAGCUACAUGCCAAUGUUAAGGCAAAAUUCACUAAAUUUCCUGUCCAGGCUGCCAGGACCAAGUAGAGAAAGGUCAUACUCUCUAGUCAGGCUUAUCACAUCCCACCAAGAAUAUAUAGAUUUAAUACAUUGGAACAAUUCCAGAUGGUAAAGAUUCUGUUUCUUCUUCUAUUUCUUUCUAUUUUGCAGAUAUCAUUUACCCCAAAUAUUUUAAAGUAACAAAAUUGAUAAUAACCUUUGGACCUUGACAUUUGAAAUCUGUGACACAUUCAUGAAGUCAAAUCUAGCCAAUGACUAUACAUUGUCUGUAUGACUAAAGUCACUAAAACUCAUAUGACUAAUGUUCCAAGAGCACAAUGAAGUAAGGGAAUAGAAAACAUAUAGUUCCUGUGUAAUGGUCAGUCAUCUUUUGUAGCUCUACCUAGUUAAGUCUCUCUGAAGAAAAUUCACAUUGUCUUUUUUUUUUUCUCACUAUUCAUUAUUCUUCACAUUCAACAUAAUCAGUGGUUUAAAUUCUAAAAUACCAUUUACAUUUUAGUUGUUUUUUUUUCUAAGAAUGAUAUAAAAUGUACCUUAAUGAGAAGAAUUUGCUUGUUCAGGGGACAAUGACCUUUGUUGCUUUAGAAAAAAAAUAAAUCUUAAUCUUGGCUUAUUAA